GUCGGUAUCCGUUCGUGAAAUCCGCCAUCUUGAUCGUACGUAUGGUGUGUACUCAGUUCGCUUGUGACGCCUGUGAUGUGUCGUGAGUUUUUGCUUUAUGUCGCCUUCGCAACUUUAUAAUUAGUAGGAAAUGUAAAUCACACAUCGAUAGAAUAGGACAAUGGCUCGUGCUUUGGUAUAUGAACGUUCUGUUCAGGCAGUAUUCGCAAGUAUCAAGUUGGAAAGAGGCCCAGAUCCUUUCCGCAACGAAAUAACAGAGACGGAAGAAUAUAUCGAAUCGGAGAACUGUAAUAUUAAUGAAUCUACGUCAUCUAUUAGUUCAGAAACGAGUAAAAUUAUGUCUAGUGGUACGAUCGAUGAUUAUAAAGUCAGACAACGGACGAAAUCAAAUAGAAAAGUCGUAGAACAAAAUUCAUUUCUUUGCACUAUUUGUUUGAUCCAUUUCAAGUCCGAGUACGCACUCCAAAUACACAAAACCGUGUGGACGAGUAAAUAUAUUUGCAAUUGUUGCAAUGCCAGGUUUUGUACGACAAAAGGAUUGAAAUCUCACCUGGAACGUUCGUGUUGUGUAAAACUUCAUUUCGCGAUCUAUAGUUGCAAUCAUUGCAAUGUUCAAUCGAGAUCCAAGACGAGUCUACAGAGUCAUUUGUUUCAUGUCCACGGAGACAUACAUUCCAUGAAUAUAGUGUGUAAGGGACAAUUAGAACCUUCUGAUAAUAGUAUCUCUGAACAAUUGAGUAUUUUAAGUGAAAGACCUAAAAGUUUAGUUACUUCAAACUCUGAGCUCUCAAAAUUGUUGACUGCUCCAUGUACGCCUACGAAAAGGUUGAUCAAAUCAUCUUCAUUCUCGAAGAGUUCACCUAAAACAUUUCUGAAGAGUUUGGAUAGUCCACCUAAAACAUCUCUGAAGAUAUUAAGUGUUCCGUCUGAAAUGUCUCCGAAGUUAAAUGCUUUGCAUGGUUCGCCUCCGAAGAUGUGUAACAAUACCGUAACUCCGAAAAAGAUGAAACAGAGUAGCAUGGACAACUUCGUCAUAGUCUCGAAAGUAGAAAAAACUGUUGUCCCCAGCGUUGCUCAAAGUAGUGUGGGUGAUAUUGAGAAAAAUUCUACUACUAAUGUGGAUCUUAAAAAUGAAACAUGCGGAACACCACAGACUGUGUCUCAGGAUACACGGCUUUUGCGAAGUGAUCCCUCAUGCGGAGUAAAUCCUACAGUUAUGAUACCUUUGACAAAGAAGGAAGCACAAACUGAAUUUACGGAUCCUAUUGAUUCUGCGAGUUCUACCGAUACCCAUAAAGUAUCGUACAAUCUGAGGCCAUCAAGAUUUUCUUCUUACUCUACGUUAUUUAUGUUUGAAUCGAUGCUAUUCGAAGACAUAUAUGGAUACACAACACAAGAAUCUUGUCGAACGCUAAGAAAAAACGGCUCGCGCAAGAGGAAGGCAUCAGAACCAAGGAUAAGUGAAAUACAGUGCAAAGAAUGCGUAGUCCGAUUGGAGCGAAUUGAUUUGGAAGGGAAUAAUAUUAAGUUGAAUAAGAGCUGUGCCCUUCAGGUGGAUUCUCGAGAGCUUGUAACUAGUUCGGUAUUUUCGAAUGUCCCUUUAGCGAAAUGCUCCGGUACGUAUAAAUGCUAUUGUUGUAAAAAAGUGUUUUCGACGAAAAACAAACUGAGUAAACACAUGGAAACAUUCCAUACGAUUUACAUAUCUAGCAUCUGUUCUGCUCGCUACAUGUCCAUGGACAGGCUAGUAAAUCAUUACCUGCGCCAGCACAUUCCUUUCCCGCGCAGAGAAUGUUGCGUGUGUUUUAAGAACUUCGAUUCGCUCACGACCUUGAGACGUCACAUGGUCCUACAUUUUAAGAAGAAGAUUAGAUCGAUCAAUGCUGAAGCAAAUUGCAUUGCGUUUAAGAAGCGACACAAGUGUAAAGAUUGUCGCAAGCGAUUUUGGCUGCAUUCGUGUUUAGAGCAACAUGAAAAGGUGUGUCGUCGAGAAAACACCAUAUUGAAUAAAGAACACCUAGACUCCGUUAAAAUAGCUACAUCGUCAGCUUCAGGAAGAUCUGAAAAUUCUGAAACGGAAGAGGUACAAACAUUCGAUGCAAAGUCAUAUUCUUUAGCGUUACUUGAAAACGAAGGACAAUCAUCGGAAACAGAAAGUUCAGAUAUUUCUGCCAGAUCCACGAUACGUUCACCCACAGGGGCGACUAAAAGGAAAGGCUCAGGUGUUGCAUCUGCGACAGGUAACCAAAUUGAUGCACUGAACAGGACGAGGAAGUAUCCUUGUUUCGUUUGUGGAGAAAAAUUCAAAACGCCCCAAAACUUGUGCGAACACGAGGACUUAUACUUUGGACUGGCUAAUGAAAACUGCUAUAUUUGCAACACAGCGUUUCCCAGUAAAGAUCUGUUACAACUGCACAUGCUUUCCAGUCAUAGCAUUAAUGGUAGUGCACACUAUACUUGCUUUUGCAGAUUUUGCAAUCAAGGUUUCCAUAACAUGAACAAAUUUUGGAUUCACGUACACCAUAUCCACCCCGCUCAUACUACAUUCGCGAUGAAAAUUAGAUCGAGGAACAGCCCAAUGUGCAAUAUAUGCAAGUUAGUGUUUGAGUCACAUAGUCGACUCAUCGACCAUAAAAUGUACUACUACAAGGAACAAACUUUCGAAUGUACCGUUUGUAGAGAAUCGUUCCAAGGGCUGUAUCAACUCCGUCACCACAUCCAAUUGGAGCAUUAUCUCGCUACCCAACGAGAUUUGUGCAUUCACAAGUGCAAUGUCUGCAAAGAAAGUUUCAAUUAUGAAUCUCAUUUACAUGCACAUAAAUUGCACGCUCAUUCGGAUGCUACUAAUGUCACUGUCACGCAAGACCAUACCUACAUGGUACAAACAAACAGAUUUGUCACAACCCCGGAGGAUAUAACGCGAGUACCAGUAAAAACAUAUGGGUGCAACGUUUGUGACUUGUAUUUUAUUAACGAGAAGGAUCUGAGAAUGCACCAAAUGGAGUAUUCCAAUGGUGGGGACUUCUUUUGUAACAAGUGCAAUAGGAGGUAUUAUACUCUCGCUCUACUCGCCAAACAUUACUGUCUGAAUCACACCGAAUCUGACCAAAACGUUAUGAAAUGUGAUCGCUGCAACGAGGUGUUGUUGACGAAUAUGUCGAAACAGUGUCACGAGAAACAUUUUCACGGGAGGAAUAUCGGUCUACUGACAGGAAAUAGCAUGCUGAAUAUGAACUUCUUUAAGGAACUUAAUAGCAGUGAGCUUCAGAAAGAUGACGGCAAUGUGUGUACAACUUGUGCGACAAAAUUCGACGACACGGUUAGUUUGAAGAAUCAUCUGUUGGAAUAUGCGGACAUAGGUUCAUACAGCUGUAGCCAUUGUCAACGAAAGUUUACGAAAUUGUGUUUUCUAGAAAAACAUAAGAUGAAGCACUCGACUUCGGACAACAGUUUGAUCACAGAUUAUUGUCCGAUAUGUAAUGAGGGGUUUACAGAUUCCGCGAACGUUCGUAUCCACGUGUUGCAUCUUCAUCGAUAUGAGACAUUUGGCUUGAACCAAAAUUCGCUUCCGGUGCCUCAUUUGUACGAAGCUGCUGAAAAACGAACACAGAACAAUAUCGCCCCAUCUAGUGACAGUUCUGAUGAAAAAAAUGAAUAUAAGUGUCCCGAGUGCAAAAUGGAGUUCAAUAUUAACCAAGCGAUGACGUACAGAUCGCGGUUCAAGAAUAGUGGUCAUUUAAAGUGUUCAGUUUGCGGUUACAUAUUUUCUCGGUUUCCUUCUCACAAGUGUAACUAUUGUACGGUUAGAUUUCAUAGCGCUGCUGCUCUGUACUGGCAUGUUAUUAACAAUCAUUCUGAUGACGUUGAUGCCAGUAAAGAAUUUCAAGAUUCAAUGACCUUUUAUUACCUGUGUAAGGUAUGUGACAUUAGGUAUACUACUGCGAAGGAGUUCCUGGCGCAUGAUUUACGAAUGCACAGGAAAAGUCGCAAACAGCUGUGGCCAUCAGCAGUGACUACGUUGUUAGCUCUGCAGAUUAACAUGGAUGUAUGUUGUGAUAAAUGUGGGAAGAUGUUUCAAAACAAGAAAUGUUUCAAGAAUCACUUUAAGGCAUUUCACGCGACUGAUAAGGAGAGUGAGCGUCCGCCUGAGAAAAAUGUUAAGAAAAUAAAAAUCGGUUGGCAAAAUUAUGAACCAGACUCGACUGAUCCGUCACAAGUUGUUAGCAAUGUCGGUAAAGUAAGAGUCAAGAAAUUUGCGAAAAUGUUGAAUUAAAUAUUGAAUGUAUAGAAGUUAACAUCUAAGUUAAUGCACAUGACGUUCGAAUAAAUCAGAGCAACAAACAUUUUGAUUUUUACUUGACUGUGCAAUUGGAUUGGUUAGUUGUUCAAAUCAAGAAACUGUGAAAAAUAUCGACAUUGUUUGCAGCAAUAAACAAAGAGAACUUGAAAACAAAUCACACAUCUGUCGCCUUGACCAUUUCUUGCAUUGAAACAAUUACGUAUUUUUGUUUGACUGAGUGAUCUACGAUUUCCGUCCGUGAAUCGUGACGAAAUGUGAUGAUUUCCAUAAAACCCGUGAUUUUCAGUAGCUAAACGCGAGCGAUCCAGUGCCAUACAUAGUCGCAAAUGCGAGAUAUAAGGAAAAACAGGUAAAAGCUGAGUGCCACUGUGGGCCCGGUGAUUUCUGUGGAACGAGUGGUCAAGAGCACAGAUCAAAUUCCCUGUUGUUCAGGUCCAUAGGUGCUGAGAAAUCGCGGCUGUUAUUCAGGAGCUACGAUUUCCCGAUUACUUCUCAUUAUGAACCUAAACAGCAGGUGAUAUAACUCAUACUCUUGCCCACUCGUUUCGCUGAAAUCACCGGGCCCAUUGAGGCACCCGGCUUGUUCCUGCUUUUCCCCUGUACCUCGCAUUUUGGACUACGGCAGGCAUGGGCAAAAGUGGCUCUCGGGAGCCACGGCCCCGAGCGCGAGCUAAGGUGGGGAUGCUUCACGCUAUGUAAUGUACGGGCGCGUAUCUACAUUUACGAAUAGUGGGGAGAGCGACUAGUGUGGGGAAAAAUGAGUUUCCCAUGCCUGGACUACGGCAUCGGAUUGCCAGCGUGUAGCUGCUGAAAAUCUCGGCACCUACGAAAAUCGUCACGACAUACGGGUCGGAGAUCGUAAUGUGAAUAUUCCAUUCCAAUAUUAAUGAAUUAUUUUUUGACGCGUAUUGAUGUCUUGUACAAUGAACCAUGUAAGUGUAUAUAAUCCUUUUUAAGUUUGUGUUGUACAUAUUUAUAUGAUAAUAACUAGCUUGCGUGUUAGGAAUAAUUUACAAUUAGGAUUUAAAAUAAUUUAAAAACAGGGUUUCAAAUAGAGCAGAUUCAAACGUGCCAAUCAUAAAAAUCAUACUGCGUUAGUGAAAUGUAAAAAGGACAUUUCAUGAUCGGUAACGUUGAAAAUACCUCAGAGUUGCAUUUCGUUGCUCUUAAUAAUAACAAAUUGUAUGUAAGUCUUUUUAAAAUGAAAUUGUCAAGUUCAUAUAUUAUUGAUUUUUUAUUUGAUUAUAAAUUUUAUAAAAUUCGAUAUCGUGUGAAACAAUAAUGUUUCACAUACGAGGAAAUUUCACAGUCAGUAUAACGGAAAUGACUGUACCCUCGCGCAAUCAUGAUUCUGAUUUUCAUUAGCCGAUGAUUCACUCACUAGUUUACCUAUCGAUUAAUGACACUGAAUGAUAAUUGUCUGAAAACGGACGAUGCUUUGUAGAACUAAACUAACUGUUCUAAAUGUUCAGUGAAUUGAUAUUUCAAUCACCUUCGUAAUGCGAAUAGCGCAUUUCGAUGAUCGAAGGGGAAUACGUAAUCCGGCGCGAUAAACGCGCGCCGCAAUCAAAACAGAUAAAAUUUGGCGUAUCAAAAUUUCAACACCGAAACGAAAGUUCACACCGAACUGUGUAUAAUUACAGGGCUUGGUUAAAUAUGAGCUAUUGAAAAUUAAUUGCUUUUAGUGAAAUACGUGACGAACGAAUAUUACUGGUUAUUUCAUAAUUAUCGUUUUCUAUAAAAAUUCGUGAAGCGGAUACAUGAAAUAGUUCUCGAAAAAUUGUAAUUAAUUCAUACCGCACACAAUUAUAUUUUUUAAAUACCCUUGUACUCUGUACCCUUCCU